CCAUAAUCACCAAACUAAAAUAAAAACCCUAGCAAUCCAUCAAAGUGAAACCCUAAUUCCUGCCCUCCGCCUCUCUGUCAGCUGCAAACAUUCUCAGAGAACGAGAAUGCCGUUCAAGAGGUACGUUGAGAUCGGGAGAGUGGCUCUCGUUAACUACGGCAAGGACUACGGCAAGUUGGUUGUCAUCGUCGAUGUCGUCGACCAGAACAGAGCACUAGUUGAUGCCCCAGAUAUGGUCAGAGGCCAAAUGAACUUCAAGAGGCUUACAUUGACCGAUAUCACAAUAGACAUCCCCCGUGUUCCGAAGAAAAAGACAUUGAUUGAAGCUAUGGAGAAAGCUGAUGUUAAGAACAAGUGGGAGAAUAGCUCAUGGGGCAGAAAACUGAUUGUCCAGAAGAGAAGGGCAUCUCUCAACGACUUUGAUCGGUUCAAGCUUAUGUUAGCCAAGAUCAAGAGGGCCGGAGUCGUUAGGCAAGAGCUCUCAAAGCUGAAAAAGGAUACUUCAUCUUGAAUCGAUACCGAAUUGAAUCAUGGGAUUUUGCUAGUUUUGUCAUGAACAUUUUGUAGUGAGUUUAUUUGCUAGAUAUUGCUUAUCAAAUGUGGUGCGUGCAAUGUUUCUUUGUCAAACUUCUGUUAUUUAUACUGGAUGCAUGAGACGGUAUCUAUAUGCUUGUCAAAUGCUAAAUGGAUGAAAUAGCUUUUGGUCCCUGAA